AUGUCUGCUGUCACUUUCAACACCAUGGAUAUCCGCAAGAUGGACAGAAAAAGCCCCAUGGUCUUCCUGCCCCUCGCACCCACCACUUCUGGAACUUCCAGCGUCUCCCAGCCUGCCGUCGCUGAACGACCUGCCGCUCGCCGCACAUCCAGCCUGAGCAGUACCUCUUCGGCUUCUGCCUCACCUCCAUUCCGAUUCCUCCAGCUCUCCCCCGUCCAGAACGGUGAGGACGCCGAGCAGGCUAUCGAGUAG